GAAAACCGCCCAGAGGUUAUGAGCUCUUUCGCCCCUAGCCAAGCGUCCUGUUUCUCGCGAGCGAGCGCGACCUUCGGGAGUACCAAGACUCGUCGUUUCAACCGCCGUUCGCCAGAUCUGACGCCUCCUUCCCCUGCGGCCGGCGAGGGCAGCAAAGAUGAAUGACAAUCUGAUGGACAAAGUCACAGCACUGAGUGAGCGCCUCAAGAUCACUGGGUCAGAGGUCAGCAAGAAGAUGACGGCGGGCAUGAGCUCCAUGAGCUUCAAGAUGAAGGAGCUCUUCCAAGCGCAGACCCCCGCAGACAAGUUCGUCGAGGAGGCCACCUCGGAGAACCUGGACGGUCCUGACUGGUCUGCGAACCUCGAAAUCUGCGACUUGAUAAACUCGGAGAAGGUCAACAGCGUGGACCUGAUCCGUGGGAUCAAGAAGCGGAUCGUGCUCAAGGACGCCAGAGUUCAGUUCCUCUCCUUGUUCCUUCUCGAGACCGUCGCCAAGAACUGCGAGAAGGCCUUCUCGGAGAUUGCAGCUGAGAGGGUUCUUGAUGAGAUGGUCAGGCUGAUUGAUGAUCCCCAGACUGUGGUCAAUAACAGGAACAAGGCACUUAUGCUGAUUGAAGCGUGGGGUGAGUCUGGUGAGGAGCUCCGAUAUCUGCCGGUCUAUGAGGAAACCUACAAGAGCCUGAAAUCAAGAGGAGUGAGGUUCCCUGGACGUGACAAUGAGAGCUUGGUCCCCAUAUUUACUCCACCACGUUCAGUUGCUGAAGCUGAAGUUCAAGCAAACUUCACGCAACAGACCUUCGAAGAUGUGCAUGUGCAUACAUAUACUGCCGAAGAAACAAAGGAAGCUUUUGAUGUUGCGCGUAACAGCAUUGAACUUCUUUCGACUGUUCUUUCAUCUUCCCCUCAGCAGGAUGCUUUGCAGGAUGACUUGACAACCACUCUUGUGCAACAAUGCUACCAAUCCCAACACACCAUCCAGAGAUUCGUCGAGACGGCUGGAGACAACGAGGCCAUGCUUUUCGAGGCCCUGAGCGUGAAUGAUGAGAUCCAGAAAGUGCUAUCUAGAUACGAAGAGAUGAAGAAACCCUUGGCGUCGGCAAACGCUGAACACGAGCCGGUGGUCAUACCGAUCGCCACGGAACAUGAGGAUUCUGCCACCGUCGGGAGCGAAGACGCCCUUGUCAGAAAACCAGCCGGUUCUCGAGCAAGGCCCGGGGCGGACGAUGAUAUCCUCGAUGAUCUGGAUGAGAUGAUAUUCGGCAAGAAGGGAGGAAGCAGCUCCCAGGAAGGGCCCCAAAAGCAGGAUCCCAAGAAAGAUGACCUGAUCAACUUCUGAACACCAUCCCAGUUAUUAGUCCCUGGGAUCUGAAGAUACUUGCUGCUUUUAGCUGUGAAUUAUUCAUCAGGGCAAACCUUUAGGGUUUGAAGGUCACUUGUUUAGCUGUUUGCAUAUGUGAUCAUUCAUACAUGUGAUCCACGGUCUUGAGUUGGUAAGUCCUUUGAUCAUCAUCCGGUUUCACGCAUUGGAUGCUGGAUUACUCUUGAUGAAGAACUUGUGUUAGUAUGUGAAUGAAGCUUGAUUAGAUCUUUCUUGUGCCAUCAUAUUUAUAUGGUCGAGUUGAACCCUUCUGUGGUUGCAUGCUCUAAUUGGAUACAAAAGAAUCAAUAAAAGCUUCCAUUGUCUGGAGAA